CGGAGGCAGUAUGCUGAAUGACGUCAACAUCUCGGCGAUAUUGGACUCGUUCUCCGUCAGUUACGAUAAAAGAGUAAGGCCGAACUACGGAGGUCCACCAGUGGAGGUCGGCGUCACCAUGUAUGUCCUCAGCAUCAGCUCCGUGUCCGAAGUGUUGAUGGUACAGUUUGCAUUCUCAAACUCAUACAGAACUCACAACGACAGCCGUCCGUUCAUUUCUUUGUUACUUGUUAUAUUUACUUAUUAAUCCUCCCCCCCCCCCUAUACUACUAGUACCCCC